AUGAUCGAUGUGCCCCGCGCCCGCGUGGUGGACGAGCGCGGGACGAAGGUGCUGGAGAAGCACUACAACAGCGGCAGCAUGAUCGAGCUCAAGUGCGUGAUCGAGAGGGUGCCCUUCCCCCCCGCCGCCGUCGCCUGGCGGAGGGACGCCACGCUGCUCUCCUUCAACACCUCCAGAGGCGGCAUCAGCGUGAAGGGCGACGCGGCGUCAGGAUACAUCCGGAGCCGCCUGUACGUGCGCGAGGCGUCCCCCGCGGACUCGGGCGUGUACUCGUGCUGGUACGGCAACUACACCAGCGACACAGUUACCGUGCACGUCAUAGCAGACAUUACGAGAAAGAGGCUUGUUCAUUUCAAACCGCAGCUGAAGAUCCUCCUUUCUGAUGCCUUCCGUUCAGGUGAGAACUCUGCGGCGAUGCAGCACGACGCCCUGCCCGGCACCACGUCCAGCGGGGGGUCGUCCCUCCCCAGGCCGGCGUGGCUCGCAGCUUACCUUUACCUGUGCCUCCUUGUGGCUCUCUACUCCCUCGCCAGCGGCUCCAGCGUCGGGGCGCGGCUCCUGGGGCAGAAAACAAUGGCUCCGCGGCUUGCCAGGUGGAUCCCGACGUCCCUUCCUGCUUGUGAGACGCUGCUCUGCUCCGGCGACCUGCAGAGAUGA